UUUUUUUUGUUUUUUUCUUUUUGUUUUUUUUUGGUUUGCUACCUAAGACUUAGAUGCUUAUUAAUUUUCACUUGUCCUUGCGCUCGUCCUUUCUUCUACUUAAUGACUUUUCAUUUCUGCUCUUAUAAUUUUCCACAUUCAUUAUUUAUUGUUGUGUUGCCACUUUCACUGUUGUGUGCUUUUUAUUGUUGCUUCCUUCUGCAUCUCUACAUCCAAAUUAUGGCCAUUGUUUAGACGAAAUUAAGUUGUCCGUGCCUUUGUCAUUGACUUGGUCUCUUAUUGUUGCUGUUAUUUAAAUUUCAUUCUUCAUCAUUUUUAUUACUAUAAACGCCAUAAAAUGUUGUGCUGCGCGUUGAGUGUGGCAAUUGUGGCAUUUCUCUGCUGUUCUUCUUGGCCAUUUGUUAGGUGUCGAGUGUUUUGAGAAGAGAUCGUAGAUGUGAUUUUUUAUUUCUUGUUUUUAUUUGCGUAAUUUAAAACGUUGAAAGACUUAAUUGCUUAAAUUGCAUACAUUUUCAAGUAAUUUACAUUAAAUGUAGAGACUGUAAGAGAAAAUUAGAAAUUAUGACCAAUUAGAAGGCUGGAGAGUGAGGUUGUGGCUUCCAAAUCCAUCAGCAGCCACAAAUCUAUUGGGCAAUGGUAUGAAAGUGGUGAACACAUGGCUAGUAUAUUAGCAUAUUGUCUCGUUCAUUUGCUGUAAGAGUGGCAAAACUAAAUUAAUCUUUUUUUGUUGGAUUCGAAUGCAGAAAUUACCGCCACUGCAAAAAAAGCUUGAUGACGCUAUGCAUUGACAGUAUCUCCUUAGAUAGAAAAGUGUCUUUGAAAUUGAAAUUUGAAAAGGUCGAGUCAAAGAGCCAGGAGAUUUUGUGGCUCCCAAAAACACUCGGGCUAAGAAGCUCAAUGUAUUUAAAGCUCUGGAAAGAGGGUAGAUAGUCAAGGGGAGAAGGAGAAAAGUAUCAGAGGAAGAGAUACCAAAGAAUAGAGACAGAGAUAGAGAUAGUUAGACCUGUGAGGAUUUUCUAGAUUCUUUGGCAAAUCUUUAAAUAUCCUCCAGUUUAAAAGAACGAAUAUUACUCAUUCUCAUGACAUCGGAACCCAAAACUCGUAGCCGUGCUCUAGCAAAGGCAGGACACUCUUAGAGAAAGUGUUCAGUGCUAACCGCCACCCCCAAGCACGACAGGCACAUUGGAUCCUCAAUGAUUCCAAUAGUGGUCAUAUUCUGACCCCAUGGGUUGUGCCCAUCAACCGAACGUCUUUCCUUCUAAGUUUUAGUAGAUUGUUUGACAGUUUUCUGUUCGGACGUGUCACAAAACACUUUGCAGUUCUGCAGUGUUCUUGACCGGGCCAUCGCUCUUUAUGCAGAUUCAUGAUUCCUACGGAACUGUUUCCGAUUAUUGGCUCUGGCCCUUGUGCUGGAACCGCUGAUCUACAGUUGGCCAAUUCAUCGGCAAUCUCGUUUCCUUGAACACCGGAGUGUCCUGGAUCCCAUAGCGGUACAAGCCUGUUUUGUCUUGCGACAUAAUUAAGCUUCUUCUUACAUUCUUGAACAAUUUUUAAGGUUUGCUUCGCGUUCUUUAGGGUCUUCAAUGCAGCCUGACUGUCACUGAAAACUCCAAUCUGUUUCCCGCUCCAUCUCCUCUGGAUUAUCCAUUCGAUUACUUUCAGGAUGGCAAAAAUUUCCGUUCGGAAAACAGUUGCCAUUUCCCCCAUAGCAUAGUGAUACUUAUUACUAUCGUGAAAGUGCCAUCUGGCUCCAGCGCCUAUUUCAUUAUUGGAUCCAUCGGUAAAGAAAAUAUCCGCAAACUUCCUUGAAUGCAUUAUUGUCUUUACUUUUACUUAAAACAUUAAAAAAUACUAAUAAUAAAAAAUAGUAAAAUAAUAAAAAAAAUAGCAUACUUUACGAUGACAAUAUGCGAUUUAACUUAUCCACACUGGUGUUACCAUUUCUUGAAACUUAAAUUGCGACUUAUCUAAUACCAGACACGCACCAUAGGCUUGGGCCUUCGGAAUGUGAUCUGGAAGGCGCUAGAAUCUUUACAAAUUCAUGUAAAGCAGAGUUUGGCUUUAGAAGAAAGGGGGAUUCGCUUAGUAGGGUAACAUCAACGUUUUCUAUGCGCUAAGGAGGAGUACUUCUUUUCUUCUCUUUAAACCUAAAGGUGUUAACCCAACAUUAAGGGGUUGACCCAACAUUAAGGUGUUGAUCCAACAUUAAGGUGCUGACUCAAUGCUGAAUUUCUAUGCUAAACGAAGCAUCCUUUGUAUAUUUGCAAUCGAAAUAUUUCCCUAAUAAGUUAACAACAGAAAAGUAAGCUUUGAAAAUAUUCCAAUCAUUAAAUGCACAAAAAGUAGCUGCACGAUUUUCAGUGUGAGUCACUGUAUUUUUUUUUUUAGAAUGAAAUUUCAAACUGGGCGAUGAAGUAGAAAUUGCAGCUUUCGGUUGCACACUUUUGGGGCAGUUAAAUUAAAAUAUCAUAAAUCUCAAUUUGUGCGCUUAAAGCACCAUUUGUAGUAAUCAAAAAAUUAUACGUUUAACCGCUAAGAAAUAAAUUGACCAAAGUGAAGCCAAAACCACAAUUGUGAUAUUUACAAAAGAGUAUAAAAGACAAAACGAAAAUAAUGGAUCAAAAGUAGCGCAACCAAAAUAUAAAAAAGAGCAAAAAAAAAUAUAAAAAUAAAUAGUAGUGAAUUUACUUCGAAAAAAUAUAAAUUUUUACAAUAAAUUUUGCACACAUAAAAUUAAAUUGAAAGCAAAGAAACCAGCAAAAGAAAAAAGAAACAAAAGAACGAAACAUCAACCAAUUGCCAGCAGAAAGUUGCGUAUCCAAACGACAAACGGCGAACAACCAUUAAUUUGCUCAGCACCGAAAACAGAAAAUUCACUUGAAAAUGUGCACGAAAACAUCGAAAACGCCUCUACUCUUAAUUGGUGGCGUCUGCUUCGUCAUUGUGCUAGUCGGCAUCACUGGCGUAACGUUGAUCAAUAAUCUCAAUUUGUCCAACAUCAUCAAGCUGAAUGAAAAAGUCGCCAGCGACAGCAUGAGCGCACACGACACCGAACUGCACGAUAUUAAUUACGCCAAUAAUCAUCCGAAAAAUAUAUACAAAUUCGAUGAAUUCUCAGCGCCUUAUGCGUUGGCCGUAGCCUCCUACACUCAACACACCGUCUCGAUGUCUUCAUCGCCGCACUCCUCAGUAGCAGCAGCAGCUGCAACAACUACGGCAACGGCAAAAGCAGCGGCAGCAGUUAGCGCCAGCGUAGCGCCACAAAAUGUGUACACAAAGUCACACACGCGCUCACCUUCUCCAACCACUCCAACACCACCGGCAGGUGGUACGGUGAUUGGACAACCAGCCGUUGCAUUAGUGGAUGCCGAAGCGAAUAGUGGUAAUGCGGCGGUAGAUCCGAUUAUCGAAGUGCGGUCUCAAGCGGCGAAUGGACGUCAACAAGGACUCUUCACCACUCUGAAUUGGCUGAAACAGAAUGGGAAAUUGCAGAGUAGAGACGCUACCGCCACUAGCACAAACAGCAAUGCUAAUACCAAUACAGAUACAGCUGCAAUUGUAGGUACAAAUGCAGAUGUAGAUACAUCAUCGACUUUGGUCAAUAAUCCACAGAUAAACACGGUGCAAUCCAGUGCGUCAAUAGUGCUCACGGCUGCUGCCUCUUCGUCCACACCAAGCAACGUGAGUAGUUUUAGUGAUGCAGGUCCGCUGCAAAUGAGUACAAACACUUCAUCACCAUCAGCAGUAACAGCAGCAUCAUCAUCAGUGUCAGAAUCAGGAUCAAUGCCAUCAGCUGGUGUUGACAUAGUCGCUAAAUUGAUGUUGCCAUUGAUUCUCAAUGGCAGCGCAAGGAUAACACCAGGCAGUGAUAAUGAAAAUGAGAACGAAGAGCACAGUUUUGCAGCUGAUACCGUUUGGGGAUUUCCACGUGAUAAUCGAACCACAUUUUCUGGCACACAUCAAUCGAGCGUUAGCCCUACACAGACUGGUCGCGUCUUAGUGCCGCCAAGCGGCGGGAAAGGUGUGGAUAAGGAAAAACGUGAUCGCGUUGUGAAGGUGAGUUUCUGUACAUUUACCCAGCCACUGUUUCUUCAUCAUUAUUUAUGUAAGUGAUGCAAAAGCGAAUUCAAUUUUAUAAAUUUUAUCAUCAACUCAGAAGCCUUUGCUAUUCCUAAUUACUACACAAACCCUAUUAAAUUAAUUUCAAUAUCACAAGUUGCACACGUCGAAGUAGAGCCAACUUAAUUUAUGUGCACAUCCUCCAGCCAACCAAUUUCUUACUUAACUCUCGCUAGCUGAUACUGAUACAUACAUAUAUACAUACGUAUGCGUGGGUGUAAAAUUUCAACUCACCAUAAACUUGAGUGUCUUAUGACCGUGCAGGCGCUUGAAUUUCCAUACAAACUGACAGCAACUGCGUGUUUGACAUGCAAAUAAUACAAAUAUGCGCACACACACACGCAUACAUGCAUAAUACACUCUUGCAUAGAAAAAAUUAUACCAGUAAGUAACUGUGCAUAAAUUUCACUCCAUAGAGAGGUGUGUUUGCACUCCGCUGCUACUGCAUUUGUCCUUGCUCUAUACCUAGCGCUGCUCCUUGCACCUCGCGCCUCGUGCCUUGCUCAUUUUCCAAUGUCUUAUUAUUUGACAGCACAACUGCUGUGUUCCAAGAAUCUGAGAAAUCUAAUGCCUGGCAUAUGUAAUAUUUUGAUAACAUAAUGUCAACAUUACUUCCCUGCACACAUACAUACGCGUGCAUGUUUAUGUGGGAUUUUCCUCGUAAACGAGCAUCAGCUUAUUUGUCGUAAAAUUUGGUGUCCCCUGUACCGAGUUGCUUCCCCUCACAUUCAAUGCAUGAACGUUUGCUCUGUAUGGUGAAAAAGUGCCGCACUGCCUAGGAAAAAAUUCUAAAAAUUUAACGAGAUGUAUUUUAUUUUACUAAAAUUUAAUGAGCUCUUAAACUGCAUCCGAAAAAUCUAUAUAUAAAUUCUAAUAAAAAGGUGUGGAAUUGUAAUGAAAAGUUUUUGGAAUUUUUCUAAGUUUUGCGCAAAAUUUUAAAAUUGGAAUUUUUUGGUUCUUUUACGCAACGAGCUAUUCUUUUAUAAUUACUAGGAUAAUGAACAUUCAAAAUAACAAUAAAAAAAAGAAAUAAAAAUUAAAAAUAGUCUAAAGUGGAAAAUGUGGAAGCUCAUCGUUUUGCCGCGGAUUGUAAGUGUUGCUGUUGCAGUUAUCUUCUUUAUCGAAACACAGCACAUGACAAUAAUCUAUCAUAUUUAUAUGAAGCUUUCAAUUUAAUGGCUGUGAGAGUUAUGCAGUGAGAAAUAUGUCAUCAAGUUAAACGUAAGCAGAACUAAUUUCAUGGUGGUCAGUAGGAAAAACAUAUACUAAUACAAUAAUAUAAAAUUUAGUAUGAAUGGACAAAGUAUCGAAGGAGUAAGAGAGUUUAAGUAUCUAGGCUGCUGAUUAAAUGAAAACUUCGAAUUUCUCUUCAGAGAUUAAAACAAGCAUAGGAAUAGGACGGCAAUCGUUUUGCGAGAAAAAAAAAUCCUUAAAAAAAAAUCCUUGCGAGAAAAAACUUUAACUUAAGGGGUUAUAUACCUUGUGUUGGACUAAAAAAUUGAUGGCAUAUUCUAAAAGUACAUCAUCUUAAAAAUAUAAAUUCAAAAGAUCAUAAAGAUCGGAGCACUAGAACGAAAGUUACAGACCGUGGAAGCGCGCGACCUUUCUUGGAAUGAGGCUUAGAUGAAGUGCACGCAAAACUUUAGACACGACUAUCUCGAAGUCGUGUUUUUUCGUGUACUUGCCCAGCGCUCGCUGAGUUGGUGCAAAGCCCAUCCUUCCAGGAUUAAAGCGCAGGUUGUCAAGGGGAUCCCGAUCCUCUCCUUUCGCGGGCACACUACCUCACAGGUCCCUUGUCUGGCCAUCUCGUCGGUUCGCAGUUUCUAGCAAUGUCACUGUGAGCAGGUACCCAGAUUAUCUUUAUAUCGAAGAAUUCUGAUGCAAUCGAGAGAGAGGCCAGGCAUUCCCUGACCAGUUUCGAAUGCACCAUAAUAGAGCAUAGGGCCCUAAUUGCCCCUUGGUUAUCAGAUUAAAUAUUUACCUUCUUAACAGUUAUUACGCAAGUAAGUAGCCAGUCAGCUGCUUCUUUAAUUGCGGCCACCUCUGCUUGGAACACACUGCAGUGACCCGGUAGCCUGAAUUUGAGUUUGCAGAAUACUCCUCCUCCAACCCUACCGUCCAGCUUCGGGUCAUCCGUGAACAGGUUAACCAGACCCUGUCCCCAACUGUUGCCCCCCGUCCACUCUUCCCUUGAUGGAAUAUGGGUGGAGAAAGUUCCGCUUGGACUAAUAAUAGAGUCGUAUGAAACAUCGGCCAGUAUUAGAAAAUACACUGAGAUUCUGCAAAACAGGCCGCAACUAAACCUAUCUAAAUUAGUAGAACUUUAAGUAGCAGUAGCUCUUUUCCUAUUUUUAUAUUUCAUGAAAUGUCUACAGUAAUGCAAAUUUAGCCCAAUUUAAUACUGAGUAAGUCUGAUGCUGCUUACCUUAAUUGAUUGAGAGGAUUUUAUUCUCUUUAGUGUUUAUAAUUAUUUCGUAUUGAUGCCAUUCUCGUUGAUCUGCUGACGAAAAAUUAUACCCCAAAUGCAUGAAAUUUCAGUUUCUGUUUCUAAAAAAGAAUUUGCUUGGCCUUUCGCUCUUGUCUCUUGACAAACAUCUUUUAUUAAUUGAUUCUGGUAUUUAUAUACGAUCCCUCAGUUCUCAGGUUCUCCCAUCCUUGUAUUUUCAUAUAAACACCAUAAACCCAUGUCUCCAAAUUCAUUUUUCUACAGCCCAAAGUAAAAAAUUUCACUUCCUUCCAACUACAUUUUUUCCUUGAAAUGGUUCUAUGUACAACUCUGCAAUAAAUCUUCCUCUGAGGUGUAAUAAAUAAAUUUUAAAUAGUGACAGCUUAAUCAAAAAAUCUGCCAAAAUUCCCUUUUAGUACCUGAUGACACGCAGGCUGCAAGCGGAUGUUUACAAUACUACGCACAUGCAUACCAAACGUAUGAAGGUGUGCAUUUACAAAUACAGCUCAAAGGUGUAUGAAUAAUAUUUAAGCUGUCGAGCUAUUGAUUACUCUUACUGCAGAUUGUAUUAUAUUUACCUUGCGUAUAAAAUACGAUCUCAGAUUUAUUGUAUGUGUGUGGUAAUUUUUCUAUAAAAAGAAACCUUACCUUACUUACACAAAAUCUCAUCAAAUAUUUAUUUAUAUUUUACAUGCGAAUAUCUUUUGUCAAUUUCCAGCAUACAUUUUGUCUAUUUCUAGAGAUCAUCGAAGGCAUUGCUUGCUAGUGUAUUUGUGCUUAUUGUUACCAACAACAAUCAAAGGUUUUAACGCUUGCCAUUUUUGGUUUACGCAAAUCCAUAUAAAGUAUUCCUGUGUCACAUUUAUAGGGAGAAAAAAAAGUAUUGGCACACCAAAUGAGUAUGCAAGCAGAGCAUACAAGAGAGGCCGUUCACAAGUGUGUGUAUGAUGUAGAUUUUUGCGACUGAAUAUGUCUAGAAAUAGAGAUGGAGGGUAGGAGUAGCAGACUUGUCAAUAUGCAGACAGCAAAAAUGCUUAGAGGCAUAGGCAAUGACACGGCUGUGAACUCAACCAGUAAUUCAAUAUUUUGGCUGAAUUAUUGCACUGUAAAAUAAAUUUAAAUGUUUUGAAGUGAAUCUUCUUAGGCGUCGAUGGACGGCCAAGAAUGAAGAGUAAAAUUUCAAGGCCAUGCAACGUUUUGGGCAUUUUCGUUCCGCGAGAGAGAAAAAAGAUUUAACGUAGAGGAAAAGGAGAGAGAGAGCUAUACCUUAUAUAUAUCUUAGAUAAACUUUAGGCUAUUUUUCUUGAGUUUGUACUUGAGGUUGCUAAUUUCUAGUGAAAAAUAACACUGCCUACCUUUUGGCGCUUGCCUGUUGGUGUAAACUUGUAGGAAAUAUAUUUUUGGUACCUACUCUUUGGCGUUAUAUUUCCUCGGUGCCUACUGUUUGGGGCGUUUUUUUGUCCCAAUUUUUUUGGCAUGUUUUUUUUUUUGGUGCCUUAGUAUUGCCUUGCGGUAAUUUGUGCCUUUGCUGCGACUGUUUAUAACCUCUUCCCAUCUCUCAACCAAUUUGUUGAUGCCGUUCCGCCAAAAAUAGUUUGGUGUAAAAAAAGUUGUUGAGUCAGUUUUUAAGAACCUCUUUGGUAUCGAAGGUAACGCCUUCUUAUUGCUUGACAGGGAGCGGGAAAAAUGGUAAUUAGCCGGUGCAAAUUCCAGAGAAUACGGUGGAUACUGAAGGGUCUCCCAUUCGAGCACUUGGAGUGCGGCUUUGAUGGCUUGAUGGCUCAUUCACGUGGUGUAGCUGGGCAACGUAGAGCUCCUUGUUGACCGUUGCAUGCUUGUCGAGCAUUUCCCAGUGCACCAUACCCUCCCACUCCCACCAAAAACAUUUCAUGAUCUUCUUUGGAUGUAGAUCCGGCUUGACUCUCGGCUUUGGCGUAUCUCCUGGAGCCACCCACUCUUUUCUUUGCUUCAUAUUGAUGCAUAGGCACCAUUUCUCAUCUCCCAUGACGAUUCGUACAAAAGGCGCUGUUUAUGACCGCGUGUUGCUCGAUGGCGUGCGAGAUGCUGAGAAGCAAUUUGAGGGCAACUUUCCUUGUUUUUUUCGUUGAGCUCCUGAGGCACCCAGGUUCCCAAUUUUUCGGCAAAUCCCAUUGAAUGAAGGUGAUUGAGUAUCGUUUUAUGAUCGCAGUUCAUUUUUCCUGCCAAUUCACGACUGCUUUAACAGCCGUUCUCCUUCCAAAGCGAUUUGAGACAUUCUUCAUCGAAUUCAGAAGGCCUUCCGCUGCGGGAGAAGGACGCCGUCACCGUCAAAAUCGCCAUUUUGGAACUUUGCAAACCAUUUCUGUGCUGAAGACUCGCCCACACACGUGGCAAAUGUUCCGGGCUGCUUCGGCAGCUUUUUGACCUCGAUGAAAAGCUGAAAGGGAAAGUGGAGCAGUUGUCGAAAAUGUUAAGUUUUACCUCGUGUGUAUUCCAUUUCUAAGCCUCAAAACUAUAUUACAAUAAUAAAAAAUUACAUAACUCAAAAAUACAAUCAACAUAGUUUUAUAGAGCAGAAAAAGUUCUAUCGAAUGAAUACUUAACCUUUGUCAAGCAGCAAACAAAUCGUUGUAAAAUAAAUGAAAAUAUAAAAGCGCUAUGAACUUAUUCCCCCACCCGAUUUAAUUUCGUUGUUUACAUUCUUCUUUGAUUUUAAAAGAUCUUAGGUCUAGCGUACGAAAAAUAUUAGAUGUAGUCAGAGCGUGGUGAUGCAUUGUUUUUUCGCUUGAGACCUUUUCAUCAAUUAUUAUAUAAUAAGAUUUUUGUAUAAUAAAUAAUUAAGAAUAAAUAUUUGAAGUAAAGCGACCCGACGGCGUUUAAUGGCAAUCGCUGCUUCUGCCAGCCAAACAAUAAGAUUUUCAUCUAGCCAAAUAGACACAAGCGCUACGCGAAGCUUAAUUAAAAUCGGCUGAUUAUUUUUAAAAAUUGAUUGCCAUUAUGAAUUUAAAAAAAGCGUACUGCAGAUUCGUAAUCGGCGUCCUCAAAAAUCGUUUCGCUAAUACCUCCAGCUGUACAGCUGAAUUGAUACUUUUGCCACAUUUGAGUGCUUCUGAGCCAUAGUGCACUUCUACGAUAGAAUGCGUGGCAUGUAAUUCUAGCUUUAUUCCUGUUUGCUACAUGUGUAUAUGCAAAUAUUUUCCACUUAAGUGUAUCUGAUGGUAAGUGCCAACAAUUGAGUGCCAGUCAUUUGUCUGAAAUUGUUAGUGUCGAUUUUCCUGCUCGUUUAUAGGCAGCUUGCAGUGGUCGGCACGCUCACGCACACACACCUACAUACAAUACUGCACACGUAUAAGUUAAAUAUUUGACUGUGUCUGUCAUUAUUCUCGCCUAGCUGUGUUGGUAGAAAAUUCAGUAAAAUAUGUAUUUUGCAUUUAAAUUAUGUAUAUAAAUGCAUUUUUCUGUAUGCACGUGAAUGAAUAUUCGCUUUUGAGUUGUCUACACGACAUCGUUGCAAACACAAAUCUCAGUCAUUUGUUUUAUGGUUAGAGUUGCAUAUUCAUUACAUUGGUCGGGGCGUUGACAGUGGCAGCAUAGGUACAUAUGCACAAACUUAUAGAUGUGUUGUAGUACCCAUGCAGGCGAACCCACUGGUUCUGAUUUAACUUACUGCUGUAUUUUUACAAUCCUGGCAACUGGUUUUUUUAACAAGCCGAAUUCCUGCGAAGUGCCGAUUAAUUAUCAGUCCAUGCAGCCAUAUUAUGACGCUUAACAAGCUAGUCUUCCUGUAUGUACUUCAACAUCUUACCUAUUAGUGAACUGGUUUAUAAUAAAGCCAAAAAAUUCUAGUCCAGUUUGUGACGAAAAUCACCAGUUUUGGGUGAAUUGAAAAAGUAAAGAAAAACUGAAGAAUUAAGUGAAAUAUGCACUCUCCGCAACUAUUAAAAGUUUUCACUAUUUAUUAUUGAAGUGAAACUUCUUAAGCGUCGAUGGACGAGCGAGAAUGGGGAGUAAAAUUUCAAGGCUAUGCAACGUUUUGGGCAUUUUCGUUCCGCGAGAGAGAAAAAAGAUUUAACGUAGAGGAAAAAGAGGAGAGAGAACUAUACCUUAUAUAUAUCUUAGAUACACUUUAGGCUAUUCACGUCGCCCUUUUGUGCGGUUCUUCGUCUUUUCGCCCACUCCUACGCUAAAGCUCUAGUCUAAGUUACUAUAGUAGAGCGAAAGAGAGCAACUUAUUGUUAGAAUAGGAUAGAUAGUACUGCGCAUGCGCGCGGCUUGUCUAUGAACAUUAUAGUGUUAGACGCCAUAUGUGCUCACGGCUCUAACGCCACGCUAAUACAUCGGAGCGAGAGAGAGUAUAUGUGCGCACGGUUGUAACGCCUCGCUAAUGCGUCGGAGCUAGAGAGAGCGACGGAUAGUUUGAAUACGACAGAUCGUUUUAUAUAUUUAUAGUCUUUCUCUCUCUCUCUCUCUCUCUCUCUCAUUCUCUCUCUCUCAUUCUCUCUCUCUCUCUCAUUCUCUCUCGGGUCUCUCCCUGUUUCUUUGUCUGGCUUGAAAGUUUUACUUCUGUUAUGUGUACUACGCAA